UUUGAAAAGUCGCUUGGUACCACUAUGAAUGUAUCCUGCUUCUGAGAUCCAGGCUGAUCUAUCACUGAGAGAAGGGCUCUUCCCAUUUAGCCUGAAUCUGAUCCUCAUGCUUCUUUGGAUAUCACUGUUGAUUCUUGUAUCUGUCGAUAGACAAGCAUCUGCUGCAAAGAAAGUUGUGGUAAUACCAAGUCCUCCAUGGACCCCUGUUUUCAAAGGGGAGAAGGUGACUCUGACCUGCAAUGGACCCCAUUUGUUAGAUCCAAAGAAAUUGUGGUGGUUCUACGAGAAUGAAUGGCAGAAGAGUUCAAAUCCUCUUGAAGUCACAAAAGCUGGAGAGUACAGAUGUGAAAUGGACUCAUCCAUUAGUGAUCCUGUGCACCUGAUAUUUUCUAAUAAUGAGCUGGUUCUUCAAAUUCCAUACUAUGUGUUUGAAGGAGAUGAAUUGCUCCUGAGAUGCCAAGGACGGAAUGAUGUAAAAUUCACAGAUAUUUCAUAUUUUAAAGAUAAAAAGGCCCUUCGUUCUGUCAGAGAAAAUUCAGUGCUCUCAAUCUCUCAUGUAAAUUCAGAUCACAGUGGUCUGUAUUAUUGCAAGGCCACGAAGAACAGAUGGUAUCAGUACACGUCAGAAGAGGUAAAGCUCCACGUCCAAGAAUUGUUUCCACCCCCUAAGCUGAAAACCACAACCUCCCAGCCCAUCGAGGGGACCCCAGUGACCCUGAGUUGUGAGACCCAGCUCCCUCCACAGAGGUCAGACACCAAGCUGCACUUCUCCUUCUUCAGAGAUGACAGAGUCAUUGUAUCAGGCUGGAAGGAGUCUCAGGAGCUCCAGAUCCCAGCCAUCUGGAGGGAAGACUCAGGGUCAUACUGGUGUGAGACAAAAGCAGUGACUCAGAAUAUUCAGAAACAGAGUGACCACAUGAAGAUCAGUGUGAAAAGAAUCCCUGUCUCUGGCAUCCUCCUGGAGAUCCAACCCCCAAGGACACAGGUGAUUGAAGGAGAGAAACUGGUCCUCACCUGCUCAGUAGCUGAAGGCACAGGAAAUAUUACAUUUUGCUGGCACAAAAAUGCCACCAAAGAUUGUCUAAGAAAGAAGACACAGUCUUCAUUGAAGGAAGAGUUUAUGUUCUCUACUAUAAAGAAGAGUGAUGAAGGGAGUUAUCAGUGUGCCGCCGACAAUAACAUCAACACCAUAUUCAGCAGGACAGUGGUUAUCACUGUGAUGAUUCCAGUGUCUCGUCCUUUUCUCACCCUCAGUGCAGUUGGGAUGCAAGCUGUUGUGGGGGAAGUGUUGGAGUUUCGAUGUGAAGUCCUCAAAGGUUCUGCUCCAGUCUUUUAUCAGUUUUAUCAUAAGGGUUUAGUCUUGAAGACAAUCUUGGCCCCAUUUGGAGAUGCAGCAUUCUUUAACCUCUCUGUGACAACUGAGCAUUCUGGGAAUUAUUCCUGUGAGGUCAACAACAGCUUCAGUAGCCAGUUCAGUGAGACGCUGGAACUCUCUGUCUUGGACCCAGCAGAAAGGAGCCUACUCAUCAUAGGAGUCACUGCGGCUUUGCUCAGCAUCUUGGGUCUUGCUGCUGUUGCCCUUCUGGUUUACUUCAAGCUCAAGAAGAAGUCAGGAGGAAGUCUUGUCCCUGAGCCUUCCAGGGACCAACCUAUCACAGACACCCAAGAAUCUGGCCACUCAAAGUCAAUCCCCCCAGUGGAGCUGCAGCCAAUAUAUGACAAUGUGACUCCAUUCAUUGAAGAUGUGAUCUAUUCUGAAGUAUGGGAUAUGAAUCAGGGAAAAACAAACAGAGCAGACAUCUCAGAGACCCUUCCAGAGGACAAGGACUCUUCAGUGAUGUAUUCUGAGGUGAAGACACAUAGACCUGAUAAUAGGUCCAUGGAUAGGGACCAUGAAGAUGAUACAGAAAAUUAUGAAAAUGUCCUGCUCUCCUUUGAGUUGCUGUUUUCUAUUGCUUGGAGAAUCUCCCUCCUACUACCCCUCAUGCAGCUGUGGGCAUUGCUAUUGAUCCUUGGUUUGGUCAGCGCACAAGCUUCCAUUGCAAAGAAAGCCGUGGUGCAUCUCAACCCUCCAUGGAUCACUAUCUUCAAAGGGGAAAAAGUGACUCUGACUUGCCAUGGAUUCAACUCCUCCAAACUAGGGACAACAUGGUGGUAUGAAAACCAACAAUUGCAAGACAGUUGGUCUACAAACAGCAUUGAGACUAAUCAAGCUGGAGAAUACAGAUGCCAGACCCAGGAUUCAGCCCUCAGUGACCCUGUGAACCUGGUAGUUUCUUCUGAUUCACUGAUUCUGCAGACUCCAUAUUCUGUAUUUGAAGGAGACACAUUGACCCUGAGAUGCCGAGGAAAGCAUAAGAAAAUCAAAGACGUGGCAUACUAUAAAGAUGAAAAGAAAUUGUAUUAUUUCCUUGAAAACUCUGAUCUCUCCAUCUCCAUCCCACAAGUUGGCUUAAGUUAUAGUGGCAACUAUCACUGCACAGGGGAUUUGAUAUAUAUCUUGGUUCCUUGGGGAAAAAUGUCAAGAAAAGUGCAGCUCCAAGUCCAAGAACUGUUUCCAUCUCCUGAGCUGAAAAUCACAACCUCCCAGCCCACCGAGGGGACCCCGGUGACCCUGAGUUGUGACACCCAACUCCCUCCACAAAGGUCAGACACCAAGCUGCACUUCUCCUUCUUCAGAGAUGAUGGAGUCAUUGUAUCAGGUUGGAAGGAGUCUCAGGAGCUCCAGAUCCCAGUUGUCUGGAGGGAAGACUCAGGGUCAUACUGGUGUGAGGCAAAAGCAGUGACUCAGAAUAUUCAGAAACAGAGCAACCACGUGAAGAUCAGUGUGAAAAGAAUCCCCAUCUCUGGCAUUCUCAUGGAGACCCAGCCUUCCGGGGGGCAGGUGACUGAAGGAGAGAAGCUGGUCCUCAUCUGCUCAGUAGCUCAGGGCACAGGGAACAUCACAUUCUCCUGGCACAGAGAGGGCAUUAAGGCAAGUCUGGGAGAGAAGACUCGAUGUUCUCUGAAGGAGAAGUUUGUGCUUUCUGCUGUGAAUGAGACUGAUGCAGGGAAGUAUUACUGUACUGCUAACAAUGGCAUCAGCACUACCAGCAGCCUGAGGGUGAAUGUCACCGUGGAAAUUCCAGUGUCUCAGCCACUCUUCAACAUCAGUGCACUUGGUGCACAGGCCGCUGUGGGGGAUGUGGUGGCGUUUCACUGUCAAGCCCUCAGAGGUUCUUUUCCAAUUCAGUAUCAACUUUAUCACGAGAAGGAAAUCCUUGAGAACAAAAUGGCCUCCUCUGGAGUUGCAGUUUCCUUCAACCUCACCAUGACAACUAGGCAUUCUGGGAAGUACUUCUGCAGGGCCAACAACAGUUUCAGUUGCCAGUUCAGCGAAAUUCUGACACUCUCCAUCUCAGUUCCUAUCAGAAGUCAGAAGAACAUGGCCACUGUGGGAAUCACUGUUUCCCUGAUCAGCAUCUUUAUCUUCAUUAUUGUCGCUCCUGUGUUUUACUUCAAACUCCGGAGAAAAUCAGGAAGAAGCUCUGUUCCCAGCCCAUACAGGGCCUCUCCCAUCUCGAACCUUCAAGAACCUGUUUACUCAAAUUCAUCUGCCCAAAUGGAGUCAAUAUAUGUGAAUUCUGUAAUUAAGGACACAGUUUAUUCUGAGCUCUGGAGCACCGAGCAGGGAAAAGCAAGUAAACUAAAUCCUGUAGUUGGAGAUGUGGUUUAUUCUGAGAUCUCUUCCAAAGAACAUGGAAAAGAAGCAAACAACGCAAAGAACCCUCCCGAGGACAAGAUAGCCACCUGUCCUCUGAGAAACUGCUUCCAAACCUUUGUCCUCAUGUACACAUUUCUGUUUCAAAGAUCAGAGGCAAACCUGUUUGCUACUGAAAGAACAUUUCCUUCCCAAUCUCACUUGGACCUUUUCCUCAUGCUCCUGUGGGUACCGUUGCUGGUAAUUGCUCCUGUCUGUGGACAAUCUGAUGAGCUCAUUUUACAAGCCUCAUAUCCUGUGUUUGAAGGAGACUCACUGGUUCUAAGAUGCCUCGAAAAGGAGAGAAAAAAACUUACUGAAGUGACAUUUUAUAAGAAUCAAAUGGCUCUUACUAGUUUUAAAAAAUACUCAGAUUUCUCUAUCCCAAAAGCAACUUUAAAUGAUAGUGGCCAGUAUCACUGCAGUGCAAAGAAGUCAUCAAUUUGGUCAUGGCUGGCAAGCAAAAUGGAAACAAGAACAGUAACAAUCCAAGUCCAAGAGUUGUUUUCAGUUCCCAUACUGAGAAGUACAACUUUACAGCCCUCAGAGGGGACCCCCGUGACUCUAAGUUGUGAGACCCAGCUCCGUCCAGAGAAAGCAGAUACCCAGCUACAUUUCUCCUUCUUUAGAGACGGCAGAAUCAUCUUGUCAGGCCAGAAAAGAACCCCAAAACUCCAGUUCACCAAAGUCUGGCAGGAAGACUCCGGGUCUUAUCUCUGUGAGGCAAAAACAGUAACAUCUGGGAUCUGGAAAAGGAGUCAUCCAGUUAGGAUCGAAGUGAGGAGAGUGCCUGUCUCUGGAAUCCAUCUGGAGACCCAGCCCCCUGGAGGGCAAGUGACAGAAGGGAAAACGCUGCUCCUCCUCUGUUCAGUAGCCAGAGGCACAGGUGACAUCACAUUCUCUUGGCACAAGGAGGGCCCUGAAGCAAUCCUGAAGAAGAAAACUCAGAGGUCACUAGUGGCAGAGUUUAAAAUAUUGGCUAUGAGAGAGAGUGAAGCUGGGAAAUAUUACUGUGCAGCUGACAAUACCAACAGUCCACUACGGAGUAGACCAGUGAGCAUCUCUGUGAAAAUUCCAGUCUCUCCUCCUCUCCUCACCUUCAGCGUCCCUGAGACACAGAUGUUUGUGGGGAAGGUUGUGGAGCUGCAAUGUGACUGUCAGAGAGGAUCAGCCCCAAUCCUAUAUCGAUUUUAUCACGAGGGUAAAGUCAUGAAAAACAGCUCAGCCCCUUUUGGAGGUGCAGCAUCCUUCAACCUAUCCCUGACUGAACAACAUGCUGGGAAUUACUUCUGUGAAGCUGACAAUGGUAUAGCCAUGCAGUCCAGUAAGGUGCUGACACUCUCAGUGAGAGUUCCAGUGUCCCGUCCUCUCCUUACCAUCAGGAAGGCCACCGGAAGGGACAUGGUAGAACUUCGAUGUGAAGCUAAGACAGGCACAACACCGAUCCUCUAUCGGUUUUUUCACCAGGAUAUAAUCCUAGGGAGUGGUUGGGCCUGCUUGGGAGAAGCUGCCUUUCUCAACCUCUCUCUGACAGCUGAGGAUUAUGGGAUCUACUCUUGUGACGCUGACAAUGGCAUUGGUCCCCAGCUCAGUGAAGGGGUGAAACUCCCUGUCACAGGGAAACAAAGGGGCCUGCUUGCUGGAGGAGUCAGCUUGGGCCUACUUGGAUUCCUGGGUCUCAUUGGUGUUGCUCUUCUGUUGUACUUCAGGACCCAGAGGAGAUCAGGACAAAGUUUUGCUCUUGUAUACUCCAGGAAUCCUGCCAUCCCAGGAUCCCAAGAACGUGCUGAAGUGGAGCUAGAGCCAACAUAUGUCAAUGACCCAGGUCAGCAGUCCAGAACACACAACACAGCAUUUGCAGACCUGGGACUUACAGUGAAUCCUGUCAUCAGGGAUGUGGUGUAUGCUGAGGUCUGGAGGUCGCAGCAAAAAGAAGAAGAUGCAGACGACCUCACAUCGAUGCUACCCACCCAGGAUUUCUCUGUUGUGUACUCUAAAGUGAAGGCAGAACAGCCUCUGGAGGAGAGAGUCAGGAUGACUGAGGCUACAGAUGGGACUCAGAAAGACAACAUCGGCAGCUAUGAGAAUGUCCAGCUUCAUUCCUGAGCCUGACAGCGUGUGCUCCCCAGGGAAGCCAAGAGCUUCUCAUCACUCUGAAUGGAUGUGGAAAUGGAAGGAAAGACAGUAGCGCAAGAAGACUUUUGGACUCCUGAAAAAUGAGGGGCCAAGUUGGAGGAGUUUUUCCUCCCAUGUCUCUGCUGCGAUCUAGACAACACAGAGACAACACUGAACUUCCUUCUCUCACUUUGAUGAAAUAAGUCUUCUAUCUCUCUCUUUGUGUUUAUUUCAUUUUAUUAUUUAUCAACAAAAAUAAUCAUCCACAUUUUUACAGAACUUAAAAAUUUUAUAAAGUACU